UCCGAUAAAGUGCCAUCGUAGCUGCGCUCACACUACUUCUAAUACCUUAUCGGUUUGUUGUUUAUAUUCCGCGAAUUGCUGCAACGGUAGUGUAGCGAUAUACACGUUGCCAAACGCUAACUUAGAUGUCUGUGAAAAGAUCCAGUGUUAUGUUUGUAUAAAAGCUUAAAUUGAUCCGGGAACAUACCAUAUGGAUGUCAUUUAACCGGCGAGCUAUGUAUCAGUAUCCACUAGCUUUAAGAGCCAUUUACUAGCUAGCUAGCUAGACAGUGAGAGUACGGCAGAAUGCGUUCUCUGAGUUUUGUCCAGCGUGUUUGUCUAGACUUCGCAGGGACGCUGUUUCCACAUGCCAUUUGCCUUGGAGACGCCGAUAACGACUCGUUGAAUGAACUUGUGGUUGGUGACACUAGUGGAAAGCUAUACAUCUAUAAGAAUGAUGAGUCUAAACCCUGGAUCACUAGAACAUGUGUGGGAAUGUUGACUUGUGUGGGAGUAGGAGACAUCUGCAACAAAGGCAAGAACCUUGUGGUUGCGGUAGGAGCAGAAGGUUGGCUCCACCUGUUUGACAUCGCUGCCGCCAAAGCUGAGUCCUCCAGCCAGUUGGAGGCGACGUUCUGGGAUGAGCAGAGGCCUUGCUUUACCCAGCACAUCCCUGCCAACACCAAAGUCAUGCUUAUCAGUGAUAUUGAUGGGGAUGGUCGCAGUGAGCUCGUCGUGGGCUACACUGACCGUGUGGUGCGAGCGUUCCGUUGGGAAGAGCCACCUGAUACCACUGACCUGAGUGGAGGUCAGCUGGUCCUGUUGAAGAAAUGGCUCCUGGAGGGACAGGUGGACAGUUUAUCAGUGAACCCAGGGCCAGACGGCCUGCCUGAGCUCAUGGUCUCGCAGCCUGGCUGUGGCUACGCCAUCCUGCUGUGUUCUUGGACACAAGAGGGCACUGCAGGCCAUGGGGAGGACAGCUCAGCUGCAUCCGCCGGAGAAGGGCCCUCCCGGGAUGUCGUUCUUCAUCUCACCACUGGGCGCAUACACAACAAGAACGUGUCCACCCAUCUGAUAGGCAGCAUCAGCAGAGGGUCGAAGGCCGAUGAUACUAAAGGGGGCUUAUUCGCUCUCUGCACUUUAGAUGGUACCUUGAAGUUAAUGGACAGCUCUGAACAGCUCCUGUGGUCCAUGCAGGUGGACCACCAGCUCUUUGCCCUGCAGAAACUGGAUGUCACUGGUGAUGGAAGAGAGGAGGUUGUGGCCUGUGCUUGGGAUGGUCAGACCUACAUCAUCGACCAUAACCGCAUGGUGGUUCGCUUUCAGUUCGAUGAGAAUGUGAAUGCCUUCUGUGCUGGGCAGUACGCGUGUAAGGGGGGGAGGAACAACCCCUGCCUGGUCUACCUCAGCUUCAACCACAAGAUCUACAUCUACUGGCAGGUGGAGCUGGAGCGGAUGGAGCCCAGCAGCCUGCAGAAGGUCCUGGAGGAGAGUGCAGAGUACACAGCUCUGCUCUGCAAGCUGAAAAUCGAUCCCAGUGACACGGGUGCAGUUCGGAACCUGAUCGGAGAUCUGCUGUACAGACAUUCAGAAGGCGACCAGACACUCUGACAACAUAUACUGUGUACAUGUAAAUAACCUACAUAUAAAGAAUACAGGGAACUGCAAGACGUCAGAGGCUGGCACAGAACAUAAGCGCAAACGGACGCCUAUGACGAAUCCGUCACGGCUCUGAGAGUGAAACGGAGAAGACGAUGUUAGCAGAUUCAAAGUGCUGUGCGCUGUCCUCUCCGUUACUCACGCAAAUCAGUUCGGAGAACCCGCUUGUACUGGUGCCACGCUCAGGACCGAAAACGCGACAUCUCGGUGUGACUUGCAGGAGCUCGGACGUGCACAAAGAUCAGAGCCAUGCAAAGUCCCGCAGAGCAGGUCUCUGGCUCAGGCUAGGACAGAGCAGGCUCUUAGGAGCAAUAGAGAACCCGCUGAGGGCCUCCUGUGACCAUGGUAUCUUUAAGAAGGAAUUUGGCUUAAGAAAAGGUAGUUGAGUUUGAGCUGCAGACCUGCAUGUUUGUGAGAGACACGAACUAUCAGAAACCAUAAUAGCCUCCGGAAGAUGCUUGCA